CUCUCUGACUCGCAUUUUUUGAGUUCCUCACUUCUUGGUUCUACAUUCAUGUCUGUACCCAAAUCUAUCUGGUAAAUAAAAAUCAUCACUUUCUUCUAUUUCAACAAUUCCCCAGUUUCAAUUCCAUCCCCAAUUCUCAUAUCAUUACAAUCCCUAGACCUCUCUCUCUUUCUCUUUCUCUGAGUUUCAAUUUUACUGUUAAUUUUGAUGGACCUGGUUCGUUUGGGAGAAUUAGGUUCACAGAGAAGAAAGAAAUGGCUAAUUCUAGUCGCUGUGUUCGGUGUUUCGGGUUAUGGAGUUUACAGGGUUUACAAUUCUCAAUACAUCGCGAGGAAGACGAAGCGGCUUACGAAACUCUUCUCAGGCAUUGUUUCGUUCGCCGAACUCGUAAUCGAUUCGGCUGAGACGAUAAGUAUCGUGUCUCGAGAUUUGAAAGAGUUUCUAAAUUCUGAUUCUGACGAAAUCCCCAAUAGCUUGAAACAAUUAGCUAAGAUUACGAAAUCGAAAGAGUUCACUGAUUCGUUAGCUAGGGUUUCUGAAGCUGUAGCGAUUGGGGUUUUCCGUGGGUAUAACUCGGAUCAGGAUUCGAAAAAUGUAGAAAAGGAAACGAAUUCGAGUUUUGUUGAUAGAGUUUUCUCAGAGGAAGGAGCUGGUUUUGUUUCUGUUGUUGUUGGUAGCUUUGCUAAGAAUCUUGUUCUUGGGUUUUACUCUAAUGAGACUGAGAGUGAUACUGAUUCUUCAAAACCUAGAUGGAUGAGUUUGCUUAGUGAUGAUAAGUGUAGAGAGCUUUUAGCAGAUUGUAUUGAGAGGUUCACUAGCUCAGCUGUAUCAGUAUAUAUCGAGAAGACGGUUGGGAUUAACACUUAUGAUCAGAUCUUCUCUGGUUUGACGAAUCCGAAACAUCGAGAUAGUGCUAGAGAUGUUCUUGUUUCGGUUUGUAACGGAGCUCUUGAGACUUUCAUGAGAACAUCUCACGAUGUCUUCACGUCUUCAAGGGAGAAGAACGAUUCCUUCGUGAGGAAGUCGAGUAAUCGAGAAUAUUCGGGUAACGGAUGGGCUGAGGCGCUUACGACUACGUUAGCAGUGCCGAGUAAUAGGAAGUUUAUGUUUGAUGUUACGGGAAGAGUGACGCUAGAGACGAUGAGAUCAGUUCUUGAAUUUGUAAUCUUGAAAAUGUCACAAAGCUUUAAGAGGAGUUUGGAUGUGAUUCAUGAAGAAGUUACGGAGAGAGGACGUCAAGUAGUUGGAUAUGUUGGUGCCAAAUCUUCAGUGAUAAUCACUGUUUGUCUUGCGGUUUACUUUCACAUCUUUAACAGCAUCAUUCGAGGCUCUCCGGUUUGCUUCAGCCAGCGUUUCUAGUUAUCUGAUCAACCUUUUAGCUCGCUAGAGUUAGGGACAUUAGAUCUAUUGGCUUAUAAUUGGAGCUGAAUAACGUAGAGUUUUUUUGCAGUGUAAUGUGCCCACAUAUUGAUUCGUAUUUAUAUACAGAGGAUUCUUGAGAUACAAAUUAGCCAAGUUAUGUUAGAAAUCACCAUUU